CCUCUUCCUUUGAGUCUGACAGACUUCUGCCUCCUACUUCUCUUUUUCUGUCCUUCCUAGCUUUGGUAGCUUCCUUGAAGUGGCUCAGUGGUGCUUGCAGCCUCACGGUUCCUGCUGCCUCCAGCUAUGAAUCACAGAAUCCUUCUACUAACAGCCUUGGCCUUAUGUCAUGGGUUCAACCUGGACACAGAAAAAGCAGUCAUCUUCCAAAACAACGCAAGGGGCUUCGGGCAGAGCGUGGUCCAGAUUCAGGGAUCCCGGCUGGUGGUUGGAGCCCCCCAGGAGGUAAAGGCUGCUAAUCAAACAGGCGGCCUCUACCAGUGUGACUACAGCACGGGCAGGUGUGAGGCCAUCCCCCUGCAGGUUCCCCCAGAGGCUGUGAACAUGUCCCUGGGCUUGUCUCUUGCAUUUGCUGCCAACCCUUUCCGGCUGCUGGCCUGUGGCCCCACAAUGCACCAAAUUUGCAAGGAGAACACCUAUGCAAAUGGCUUUUGCUUCUUGUUUGGAUCCAAUCUACUCCAGCAACCCAGGAGGAUCCCAGAGGCCCUCAGAGGGUGCCCUGAGCAAGACAGUGACAUUGCCUUUUUGAUUGACGGCUCUGGUAGCAUCGACCCAAUAGACUUUGAGCGGAUGAAGAGGUUUGUCUCAACUGUGAUGAGUCAAUUCCAAAAGUCCAAAACCUUGUUCUCUCUGAUGCAGUACUCGGACGACUUCCAGACUCACUUCACCUUCAAUGAUUUCAAGAGAAACCCUGUCCCGGAAUUACUGGUGAGGCCAAUAAGACAGCUGUUUGGGAGGACGCACACGGCCACGGGGAUCCGCAAAGUAGUAAGAGAACUGUUUCACAGCAGCAGUGGAGCCCGGAAUCAUGCCAUUAAGAUCAUGAUUGUCAUCACAGAUGGGGAAAAAUAUCUCGAUCCUUUGGAGUAUAGUGAUGUCAUCCCUGAAGCUGAUAGAAAAAAGAUCAUUCGCUACGUCAUUGGGGUGGGAGAUGCUUUUAGGAGUAGGAAAUCUCUAAAGGAGCUCGAUACUAUUGCAUCUAAGCCCCCUGCUGACCACGUGUUCCAGGUGAAUAACUUCGAAGCUCUGAAGACCAUUCAGAACCAGCUUCAGGAAAAGAUCUUUGCGAUUGAGGGCACGCAGACAGGAAGCACCAGUUCCUUUGAGCAUGAGAUGUCUCAGGAAGGUUUCAGUGCUGCCUUCACCUCCGAUGGUCCCUUGCUGGGUGCUGUGGGGAGCUUUGACUGGGCUGGUGGAGCCUUUCUGCAUACAUCAAAGGAUAAAAUCACUUUCAUCAAUACAACCAGGAUAGAUUCAGACAUGAAUGAUGCUUAUUUGGGUUAUGCUGUCGAAGUCACCUCGCGGAACCGGGUGCAAAACCUGUUUCUGGGAGCACCUCGAUAUCAGCACAUUGGCCUGGUGGUGAUAUUCAGACAGAAUGCAGGUGUUUGGCAGAAAAGCACUGAAAUCAAGGGAAGCCAGAUUGGCUCCUACUUUGGGGCCUCCCUCUGCUCCGUGGAUGUCAACAGAGAUGGCAGCUCCGACCUGGUCCUCAUUGGGGCCCCCCAUUUUUAUGAGCAGAUGCGAGGGGGCCAGGUGUCCCUGUGCCCCUUUCCCCGGGGGAGAGCUAAGUGGCAGUGUGAUGCUGUCCUGCGAGGGGAGCCGGGCCACCCCUGGGGCCGCUUUGGGGCAGCCCUGACAGCGCUGGGGGAUGUGAAUGGGGACAGGCUGGUGGAUGUGGCCAUUGGGGCCCCGGGAGAGCAGGAGAACCAGGGUGCUGUCUACCUGUUCCAUGGAACCUCAGAACUGGGCAUCAGCCCCUCUCACAGCCAGCGGAUCACAGGCUCACAGAUCUCCCCCAGGCUUCAGUAUUUUGGGCAGUCACUGAGCGGGGGCCAGGACCUCACAAUGGAUGGACUGGUAGACUUGGCUGUCGGGGCUCAGGGGCAUGUGCUGCUGCUCAGGUCACAGCCUGUGCUGAAAGUUGAGGCGACGAUGGAGUUCACACCCAAGGAAGUGAAGAGGAACGUGUAUGAGUGUCGUGACCCAGUGGUAAAAGGCCAGAUUGCUGGGCAGGUCAAAGUCUGCCUCCAAGUUCGCAAGAGCACAUGGGACCGACUGGGAGAAGGAGAUACCCAGAGCACUAUCACCUAUGACCUGGCUCUGGACCCAGGUCGCCCCCAUUCCCUGGCCAUCUUUGAUGAGACACAGAACAGCACACGCAGACGUGUAGAGACGCUGAGGCUGAGUCAGAAAUGCGAGACCCUGAAGCUCCGGUUACUGGAUUGUGUGGAGGACUCAGUGACCCCCAUUGCUCUGCGCCUCAACUUCUCUCUGGUGGGGGAGCCUGCACACAAUUAUGGGGGCCUCAGGCCAGUGCUGGCUGUGGACGCUCUGAGACUCUUCACAGCCUCGCUUCCCUUUGAGAAGAACUGUGGCAACGACACCGUCUGCCAGGAUGACCUCAGCAUCACCUUCAAUUUUAUGGACCUGGACACCCUGGUGGUGGGUGGACCCCGGGACUUGAACGUGACGGUGACUGUGAGAAACGAGGGCGAGGACUCCUACAGAACUCAGGUCACCUUCUUUUACCCGUCUGGCUUGUCCUACCGGAGGGUGUCAAGCAGCCAGAACCAGCGCUCACAACGAUUCUGGCGCCUGAGCUGUGAGUCUGAUGUCUCCACCGAAGGGUCUGGAAUCUUGAAGAGAACCAGCUGUGGCAUAAACCACCCCAUUUUCCCAGACAACUCGGAGAUCACCUUUAAUGUCACAUUUGACGUGAAUCCUGACACUUACUUUGGAAACAAGCUACUUCUCAAGACCAAUGUUACCAGUGAGAACAACAUGCCGGGGAACAACAAAACUCAAUUCCAGCUGGAGCUGCCUGUGAAAUAUGCUGUGUAUAUGGUGGUCACCAGCCUUGAGGCCUCCACCAAAUAUCUCAACUUCACAGCCUCAGAGAAGACCAUACACGCUAUGGAGCAUCAGUAUCAGUUCAACAACCUGGGCCGGAAGAAACUGCCCAUCAGUGUGGUCUUCUGGAUCCCCAUCCAGCUGAACAAGGUGACCGUGUGGUCCCAGCCCCAGGUCACCUUCUCCCAGGACGUGUCCAGUGGAUGUAACACCACAGAGGUUGCCCCUCGUCACUCUGACUUCCUGGCGGAGCUUAAGAAGAGCCCAGUGCUGAACUGCUCCGUUGCUGUCUGCCAGAGAAUCCAGUGUGCCAUCCCAUCCUUUGGCAUCCAGGAGGAGUUCAAGGUCACCCUCAAGAGCAACUUCUCAUUUGACUGGUACAUCAAGACUUCACACAACCACCUUCAAGUUGUGAGCAAAGCGGAGAUCUUAUUUGAUGAGUCAGAGUUCACCCUGCUUCCAGGGCAGGAUGCAUUUGUGGUGGCCCAGACAGAGACCAAGGUGGAGUCCUACGAAGUACAUAACCCUGUCCCGCUGAUUGUGGGCAGCUCAGUAGGGGGGCUUGUGCUCCUGGCCCUCAUCUCUGCUGGUCUGUACAAGCUCGGCUUCUUCAAACGACAGUACAAGGACAUGAUGACUGAACCUGGUCCCGAUGUGGAUACCCUCCAGUAACAGCUCCUUCCCCACAAGUGGCCUCCCUUGCAGCAGACAGGACGUGAUGGGACCAAAGAGCGGGUGCCCAGGCUGCUGGAUGGACACCUCUGUUAGGAAAUCGGGGCUGUGACGUUUCACUCAGGAGCGACCUGCUUGGGUUGCCAUUCUCAUCCGUGUGCACAGGCAUGUGUGUGUGUAUGUGUGUGUGUGUGCACAUGCAUGAGUGUGAGUUGUGUGUGUGGCUUAGAUUGCUCUUGAACCAAGAUAAGUGCCUUCAGCACAAGGUCUGGGGCCAAAGGGGGUUGCUUGGGCUUCCUUGUGUGGGGGUGAAGGUGCCACUGGUUCUUCCUUGGGGGCAGAGGUGAUGGUAGCUCUUGCGGGUGAACACAGAGGGAAGGCCAACAGAUCCUCCCGCGCUUUCCCCUGAAGGAAGUAGGACCUACUUUGGUGGGUGAGCCUGCAGGCUGGCAGGAGCCCAAGCAGCUGGGGCUGAGCCCGCCAGCAGGAGCCUGUCUGACCAUUCCACACUAGAGCUGAUAUGUUCAGUGCACAAAGGUGUACCUCUCUUUGUGUAUUCACUUAUUUAUUAUUUUAAUGGUACUUUUAUUUUUUGAAUAGAUGAACCUGUCUGUAGUAUCAAAGUCAAAAAAUGUGUAAAGGUGUAUGAUGAAAAGGUUCUCCUUUCCACCCUGAUCUCCCGGCCAUUCAGGUCUCUUGUAAAGGGUAGUCCAGGUUAUGUGUUUGGAGGUCUCCUUUGCUAAGAUUCUUUUUUUUUUUUUUUAAAUCUCUUUUUAUACAAUGAUUCUAGGGAUAUGCAAACACAUACACAAAUUUUUUACACAAAUGGCAGCAUGCAUUAUUUAUACUGUUCUACAUCUUGCCUUUUUCAUGAAUAUGGCUCUGACAUUGUUUUUUUUAUCAAGAUGUAAAGUACGUUCUCAUUCUUUUAUAUAGUGGCUCUGUAUUCUACUAUGUGGGUGGAUCCUAAGCCUGGGAGGUACAUUGUUUCCAAUCUCACAGUGACAAAAAUGGUGGAUUAAUAAAUUGAAUGUAUGUGG